AUGGUAGAAACUAAGGCUCAAUUGAAGGUAUUGGGGGUGAAUAUAGAGACUAUUCGAUUACUUUUGCAGGUAAUUAUCUUUAUUUCAAUUGCCGGGGCCGCAAUUUCAUCAAGAUUAUUUUCAGUUAUUAGAUAUGAGAGUAUUAUUCACGAAUUUGAUCCAUGGUUCAACUUUAGAGCCACCAAAUACUUAGUUACACAUUCAUACUAUGAAUUCUUGAAUUGGUUCGAUGAUAGAACUUGGUAUCCUUUGGGUAGAGUCACCGGAGGAACAUUGUAUCCAGGGUUGAUGGUUACCUCAGGUGUAAUUUGGCAUACAUUGAGGGAAUGGUUCAGUUUACCAGUUGACAUUCGUAACAUUUGUGUUUUGUUGGCGCCAGCCUUUUCUGGUUUAACCGCAAUCUCGACAUACUUCCUUACUAAGGAAAUGAAGGAUUCCAAUGCAGGGUUGUUGGCUGCCAUCUUUAUGGGUAUAGCUCCAGGUUACAUUUCGAGAUCCGUUGCUGGGUCGUACGAUAACGAAGCAAUUGCAAUCACAUUAUUAAUGGCCACUUUCUACUUUUGGAUUAAGGCUAUGAAGAUUGGAUCUGUGUUCUAUGGUACAUUAACAGCAUUGUUUUACUUCUACAUGGUUUCUGCAUGGGGUGGUUAUGUCUUCAUUACUAACUUAAUUCCUUUGCACAUCUUCGUUUUAAUUUUAAUGGGUCGUUAUAAUCACAGGUUAUAUACCGCAUACACUACGUGGUAUGCAUUGGGUACCUUAGCCUCCAUGCAAAUUCCGUUUGUUGGAUUUUUGCCAAUAAGAUCCAACGAUCAUAUGGCAGCUUUGGGUGUAUUUGGCUUAUUACAAUUAGUUGCAGUAGGUCAUUAUGUCAAAUCCAAGGUCCCAUCUAAACAAUUUAAGGGAUUUUUGAUGGUUUCUUUAUCUUUAAUCACUAUCUUAGGUGUUGCAGGAUUAUUUGCUUUGACGGCUUUAGGCUGGAUUGCACCAUGGACUGGUCGUUUCUAUUCUUUAUGGGAUACUAACUAUGCAAAGAUUCACAUUCCUAUUAUUGCAUCUGUUUCUGAGCAUCAACCUACUGCAUGGCCUGCUUUUUUCUUCGACACGAACAUGUUGAUUUGGUUAUUCCCAGCUGGUAUCUAUUUAUGUUUCCAAGAAUUAAGAGAUGAACAUGUGUUCGUGAUUAUCUAUGGUGUUUUGUGUUCUUACUUUGCAGGUGUUAUGGUUAGAUUAAUGUUAACUUUGACUCCAAUCAUUUGUGUUGCGGCUGCUAUCGCAUUAUCUAAGUUGUUCGAUGUUUACUUGAACGUUGUUGAUGUUUUCAAGGCUGAUUCAUCGGACGAUAUCAAAGUAGAUUCAAAGAAAUCAAAAACAAAAGCUUCUACCUCUACAUCGAAGCCUUCUAAAUUUAUUCUAUUAUUAUCAAAGGGAGUUGUCUUAUUAUCAUUCACCUUUUAUCUUGUCUACUUCGUAUAUCACUGUACUUGGGUAACAUCAAAUGCUUACUCGUCUCCAUCAGUUGUCUUAGCUUCUAGAAACCCGGAUGGCUCUCAAAGUAUUAUUGAUGAUUAUAGAGAAGCUUACUACUGGUUGAGAAUGAAUACUCCUGAAGAUGCUAAAGUGAUGGCAUGGUGGGAUUAUGGUUACCAAAUUGGUGGUAUGGCCGACCGUACUACCUUAGUUGACAACAACACAUGGAACAACACACACAUUGCAACUGUCGGUAAAGCAAUGUGUUCUUCAGAGGAUGUUGCAUAUGAUAUCUUGAAGAAACAUGAUGUCGACUAUGUAUUGGUUAUCUUUGGUGGUUUACUUGGCUACUCUGGUGACGAUAUAAAUAAAUUCUUGUGGAUGGUCAGAAUUUCCGAAGGUAUCUGGCCCGAUGAAAUCCAUGAGCGUGACUACUUCACCGAAAGAGGUGAAUAUAAGGUUGAUGGAGAAGCUUCCAAAGCAAUGAAAGACUCUUUGAUGUACAAAAUGUCCUAUUAUAGAUACACCGAUUUAUUCAACGGUAGAGACGGUAUGGAUAGAGUUAGAAACCAAGCCAUUCCUGCUACUCAAUCUCCAGAAUUGGAUGUGGUAGAAGAAGCAUUCACGUCUCAAAACUGGAUUGUAAGAAUCUAUAAAGUCAAAGACUUAGACAACAUUGGUAGAGAUUUACAUUCUGCUGCGAAAUUCGAUAAAUCUUCUAAUCAACAAACCAAAAGAAAGAGAAUUAUAAAGAAACCAUCAUUAGAUUUAAGAGAAUAA